CCCCCUCCUCCUCCUCCCCCUCCCUCCUCCCCCUCCCCCUCUCCUCCUCCCCCUCCCCCUCCUCCCUCUCCCUCCUCCCCCUCCUCCCCCUCCCCCUCCCCUCCUCCCUCUCCCUCCCCCCCUCCUUCUCCCCUCCCCUCCCCCCCUUUCUGGAAAACACUCCGCGAUGAGAACUCAUGUCAAAGAUAA